AUGGAUUUCAUCUCAUGCUUGGAUGAUUGUGGAUUAGUUGAUGCAGGAUACAGUGGAAACACUUUCACUUGGACUAAUGGAAGGAAAAGAGGCAACAGGAUCUGUAAAAGACUUGACAGAGUUCUAUACAAUGAGGAGUGGAAUGACAAUAUGGGGGAUAGCAUGGUUAAGCACAUGGCAAGGACAGGUUCAGAUCAUAAUCUUAUUAUAUUUAACUGCAAAGAAGUUACUAAUAAUUUUGUGAGUUAUUUCAGGUUCUUGAAUUUUUGGACAAUGCAACCAGAUUUUCAACAACUAGUUCAGAACUCAUGGAUGGAAGAAGUACAGGGCAAUGCAAUGUGGAUUCUGCAAGAAAAACUGAAAAGACUCUCCAAAGUCUUAACUCAGUGGUCCAAAGAAGUCAUUGGAAAUGUCUUUGAGAAAGUCAAGCAAUAUGAACAACUUAUUCUUGAACUUGAGCACAAGAUGGACAGUGAUGACUCUGAGAAAAACAGGCAGGAUCUUAACAGAGUUAAUGCUGAGUACAUUAGAUGGUCUAGCAUACAAGAAAAUUUGCUACAACAAAAGGCCAACAUUCAAUGGAAUGAAGAGGGAGAUGCCUGUACAAAGUAUUUUUUCAGCUCUAUCAAACACAAGAGAAGGAGAGCUACUUUACAUAGAAUUAAAAACUCUGAUGGGAACUGGAUCGAAGGUAAUGAGGCCAUUGGAGAUGCAGCAGUCCAAUACUUUGAAAGUACGUUCGCUGAGACUGCACAAAUUCCUGAUUAUGGGGUUCUACAUCAUAUUGAGAAGAUUAUCAUUGAAGAAGAUAAUCAGAAUCUUAACAGAUUCCCAGAAGAAGAAGAAAUAAAAAAUGCAAUCAUGGAUCUCAGUCCUAACAGUCUUUGCAGGGCCAGAUGGCUUUAA